AUGGGGAAGAUGCUCCCAGCCCAGGAGGCAGCAAAAAUCUACCACACCAACUAUGUGAGGAAUGCCCGAGCCAUGGGGGUCCUGUGGGCCCUGUUUACCCUCUGCUUUGCUGUGAUCAUGGUGGUGACUUUUAUCCAGCCCUACUGGAUCGGGGACAGCAUUGACACACCACAGGCUGGCUACUUUGGCCUUUUCUCCUACUGCAUUGGCAAUGCCCUUACAGGGGAACUCAUCUGCAAGGGCAGCCCGCUGGACUUUGGCACCAUCCCCUCAAGUGCCUUCAAAACAGCCAUGUUCUUUGUGGGCAUCUCAACCUUCCUCAUCAUUGGCUGCAUCUUCUGCUUCAGCCUCUUCUUCUUCUGCAACGCAGCCACUGUCUUCAAGGUGUGCGCUUGGAUGCAGCUGGCAGCAUGUGAGUGGGGCUUAGGGGACCUGGAGGGAGAGGGGAAGACACUCUUGUAA